GAGGAAUGAACGCGAAGCACACUUGUAGUGCGCACAAAUGUGCUCCGGAAGUCUCGUUCUGAGAAAGUUUUGUGGUGUCCACGAGGUUGUGUGAUAGCGCCCUCCAUCGCAAUGUCGACGACUCUUCGGACGACGCUCGCCGAUGGACGAGCAGGAGGACGCCAUCGAUGCCGGCCGGGCGGGAGCAAUGAAAUCUGGCUUGCAGAUCUCGAUGGCGCCAGGUUCCAUCAGCGAUCAGUCUGGCUCGAGUGCUCCUCCUGUCCUCGUUAUCAGUAUAGCCGCGACAUAGGUAUUCCCGUGUUGAGUAUAUGAGCGUCCACUCGCGCAACCGCACUGAAUCUUUUGGCAUGCGACCUAGCCUGACGGUGCCCCGAUGUCGUCAAGCCUCUCCGCGGACGCGCUCGUAGAGUUAGCGAAAGAGAGCUUCACAGAGAACUGCUGUGCUUCUGCAGCAGUAGCUCUCCUCAUCUAUGACUGGGCCAUCACCCUCGGGCAGGAGCUUCGCUACGUGUGGGGUAGCAAGUUCAGGGGAUACACGCUGCUUUUUAUCUUGAACCGGAUCAAUAGUCUUGGGAUGAUAGUUGGGAUUCUCAUGGGUCUUACGCCUUGGUACACGGGAGAGGUCUGCAAGGCGGCUGUAUUAGUGCUCGCGUCCUUCCAAAUCAUGAAUUUUGUCCUUUGGGCUAUUGUGUCGUCCCUCCGAGUAUACGCUAUCAGCAACCGGACCGUGUGGAUCUCUCUGUUGACCUUCCUUCUGGCCAUGGUCCCGGCCGCCACGAAUAUCGUGUAAGCAAUUGUGACAUUGCACAUGCACUGGUGAGAGCUGACGGGCGUGUCGACUGACAGUGCUCAUCUGCACUCGAGUCGCGGUCAUUUUGGCGGACGCGAUGGUGCUCCUUGUGACAUGGCGCCAUCUGCGCGGGACGCUGAAGACAUCUCGCAUCGGCACGAACAGAGUGUCGCUGGGCCUGCUCCUGCUCAGGGAUGGAACACUGUACUUUGUGAUGCUUCUCUUGCUCAACAUCG